UUCCUGCUCGCCCGGCCCAGUGGGUGCCCCGUCCCUGGGGAGCCGCGCGGGUCCCUCGGGGUCCCCUCGGGAAGCAGCGCCCGCUCCCCGCCGAUGAGGACGGAGCCGCCGGGACCUCGCUGCCGCUAGACCCGUCUGUGCGCCCCGCAAUGCUGACGGCGGUCUGCGGCUCCCUGGGAUCCCAGCCCUCGGACGCGCCCCGCGCCUCCCCGACCCACCUGGACCUGCAGCCGCUCCAGCCCUUCCAGCCCCACGGCCCCGCCGCCCCGGGGGCCCCCGACUUCGCCUCGCCGCUGCCCCCGCCCGAGCUGCCGCUGCCGGGGCCCGACGACGCCGCCUUCGCCGCCCCCGGCGCCUACGAGCCCCAUGGCCCCCCGAGGUUAGAGCUGCCCCCCGACGGCCCCGCCGCCCCCGGAGCCUACGCCAAGCUGCUGCCGGCCGCCCCGGACAUGGCGCAUCCCUACGAGCCCUGGUUUCGUCCCCCGCACCCCGGCGCCCCCGGCGAGGAGAGCGGAGGUGUCAAUUGGUGGGAGCUCCACGCCGGAGCCAGCUGGAUGGAGCUGCCCCCCGGGCAGGGCGGGGGGCUGCAGGUGCCCGCGCACCCCGGGCUGCCCGCGGCUCUGGGGGGGUACGGCGGGGCCGAGCACCAGCUCUGCGCGCCCCCCGCUCACCUGCUGCCCCCACCCGCGCAGCAUCUGCUGGCGGCCGAGGGGGUGAAGGCGCUGGAGGGGCCCCCGGAGCCGCGGGGGCCGGAGGCGGAGGGCGGGGGGCGGCCCAAGGGGGCCCGGCGGGCCGUGCCCAGGGGCGGGGGGCAGGCGGCGUGCCGCUGCCCCAACUGCCAGGAGGCGGAGAGGGGGGGUCCGUGCCCCGAGGGGGUGAAGCGCAAGCACCUGCACAACUGCCACAUUCCCGGCUGCGGGAAGGCGUACGCCAAAACCUCCCACCUGAAAGCCCACCUGCGCUGGCACAGCGGCGACCGGCCCUUCGUGUGCAACUGGCUCUUCUGCGGCAAGCGCUUCACCCGCUCCGACGAGCUCCAGCGGCACCUCCAGACCCACACGGGCGCCAAGAAAUUCUCCUGCCCCGUCUGCGGCCGCGUCUUCAUGCGCAGCGACCACCUGGGCAAGCACAUGAAGACGCACGACGGGGGCAAGGACGGGGCCGAACCCGAGGGCAAAAGCGCCGGGGACCCGUCGGCCGCCAAGGGAGGCAAGAGGGAGCCGGAGGGGGGCACGGCCGCCCCCACAAACUGA